AUGGAGGUGGACGAGUUACAGCGUCAAGCAUCUGAACUACCAUCGUCUGCUUCGCAACCUCCUCCUAUCGCCAGCCCUGCUCCUUCAACUGCCAGCCAAACAAACCCGUUUUUCCGACGAACCGCAAGUGUAUCCGAUAAUUCAUUUUCUCCUCCACCGCCAUCAUCAUCUUCUCAAGAACCCUCAAAAGACGCUCAGAGUGUGUUUGACAAUGUAUUCGGACCAUCGUUCACCGUGCCUUCAACCUUCACUCCACCACCGCCGACGACUUUCCGAACGGAGUCGCCAGCCCAACAAACUCCACUGGCGGCUGGUCCCGCUAGGACGUCGGAUACGUCCGGCACGCUCACACCAUCAGCUUCCCCCAGCUCAGCCGAACCCCCUCCUCCCCCACAAUCUCGGCAGAUUUCAUCCAGCCAGCUUCCUAUUGAAGGCCACCAGACAUCUGAAGCUUCUUCGGUCAGGCCCUCCCCGCCCACUAGCCGAUUUGGGACUUCGGUAACCUCGGAGCCUGAUACAAGCUCGUCAGCAAAAUCUCCAUUUGAGAGUGAAGAUCCAAAGCCUGAGACGAAACUUGAGAAACCGUCUAGCGAUUCCGACGGAAGCACAAGCCAAACCGGACAAGAAGCCGAGGUGUCCAAUAUUCCUGGUUUCUUCCCCGUAAAGUCAGCGCAAGCCGCAUCGACAAAGAAGGAUGCCAGUUUUGACGAGUUAUUUGGCGGCAUCACGCAUGCGCGGUCCCCGUCUCAGAAGGCCAACGACUUUGAAGAGGCGUUUGCGCAAAUGAAAGUGAAAAACGGUGGUGAUUCUGGGUUCCCCGAAGUAGCUGGUGGGAAGUCAAAGGAAGGAGCCAGCGAGUUCCCUCCCAUACGAGAGCUUGAUGACGAUGACGACAGUACAGAUAGCGAAGCUGCCAAGGGGUUCGAUGAUGACUUCUCGCCAGUUUCACCGCCACGACAAAAUGAACAAGUUUCCCGGGGCAUCUCGUCGCCUCACCCAUUCCCGCCUCCGUCAUCGCAGAGUACAUCGCCUCCUGAAAUGAAUGGCCAGGGCCCCUCUAAGGAGAACUCCCGAGCUGAGGCCCCUACAUCAAAUAGGUUGACACACAUGGGAAAAGACAGCACCGGAGCCUCUCAGCCAACUCUACCAGGCAAGAAGCCCACAACGCCCGAUUUUGAGGCUGCAUUUGCCGGUUUAGAGCUUGCUCCCGCGAAGGAAGCGGACGAUGAUGACGAAGACGAUGAUGACGACGACGACGACGACGACUUCGAAUCUCCCUUCAACAAGGAUUCCUCGAACUUCGACAUGACAUUCGACUCACCGGGCUUACCAUCUAAGUCCAGCACAAUCGCCAAUGCCACCACAGGCGCAAGUUCCGGCAACAACACAACGAACGCCGAUUUUUUCACCUUCGACAACAACCAGCAACAACAACUACAACAAUCAAGUCUAUCAGCGCCCGCUGCCGGAACCGCCCCGCAGGACUGGGACGCGCUCUUCUCCGUCCUAGACAGCUCAAAAGUUGCUAAAUCUCCUAAAGAAACAAACAAGCCCACCUCGUCCGAAGGAGGACAGCCAUCAUCCGAUUCUGCAGCCCUAUCCUCCUUCCCACAACCUCCAGGCAAGGAAGCCAAGCCGCCCGGAUGGGCGCUGAGUGCUGAUACAGGCGAGGAUGAUAUGAUAUUACAGCGGUUAACGGGGAUGGGGUAUCCGCGGGACGAGUCGUUGGCGGCGCUGGAGAAGUUUGACUAUAAUCUUGAUAAGGUGGGUUGA